AUGGGCAAAAUCACCCCCGCCCGAGUCGUGGUUGCCGGUCUCGGCAAUGCGGAUGAAUUCGAUGCCGAGGCGGUGCGCAGCGUAUCCUCAGAGGUCUUGCGCUACCUCAGGCGUCGGGGAGUCGAUCAGGCCGUGACCAUAGCUCACGGGGCCGGAAUCGGCGGCCUUUCUCCGGAUGAGUCAGGUCAGGCCAUGGCGGAAGGGUCAUUGCUGGGCCUGUACCGCUUCGAUCGUUAUUACACCAAUGGUGGGGACGCGGACGAAGAUUUCGAGGAGUUAACCAUCGCCGAAUUGGAUGAGGCCCGCGCUGAUGCCAUUCGUCGCGGAGUCUCGAAAGGGCGAUCCAUGGCAGAGGCCACGAUGAUCGCGCGAAACCUUGUCAACGAACCAGCUAACAUCAUGACCCCAACGUCCAUGGCGAAGGUCGCCCACGAGGUGGCGGAGGCGAACAGCCUCGGAUUUGAGGUCCUGAACAACGACGAUAUGCUGGAGAAAGGCAUGGGCGCAUUCAUGGGAGUGGCCCAGGGCUCCGACGAACCGGCCAAGCUGAUAAUCCUGACCUACGAGGGAGAUCCCGAAAACCCCGGCAACAACCUGGGCCUGAUCGGCAAGGGCAUCACCUUCGACACGGGAGGUAUCUCUCUCAAGCCCGCGGCGGGAAUGGAGUCCAUGAAGGGAGACAUGGCCGGUGGAGCUUCCGUCAUUGCUGCGAUGCAGAUCAUUGCGCAGCUCAGGCCGCGCAUCAACGUUACCGGCAUGGUCGCUGCCACUGAAAACAUGCCCGGUGGCUCAGCCCAGCGCCCCGGCGACGUGGUCACCGCCAUGAACGGCAAGACCAUCGAGAUAAUCAACACCGACGCCGAGGGCCGCCUGGUGCUGGCCGACGCGCUGUGCCUGGCCCGCGAACGCGGCAUCACCCGGCUCGUCGACAUCGCCACGUUGACUGGAGCCAUGGUCACUACUCUGGGAAAGGCCUGCACCGGCGCCAUGGGCAACGACGACGGGCUUAUUGGCGAUGUUAUCAGCGCAGGGAAAACAGACAGGCGAAAAAUUCUGGCAGCUGCCGAUGUUCGAUGA